GAGCCCAGCGAUAAGGUAGUCCCGCUACGCUCCGCACACAUCCCAGACCCAGUAUAUAUAUAUAUAUAUAUAUAUAUAUAUAUAUAUCACAACGAUAUACCAUCCCCGAAAAGCCGAACGAUCGAUCUUCUGCUUCGUGUCGACUCGCUUCGGUCUUUUAAUCGCACUGCAGCCAGAACCUGCUGCUCAUUCGCCUGCCGUAACUCGUAGCGUUCGGUUCUAUCGCUCCGCUUGCAAAAACUGAAACCAAAUCAAAGAGAACUCAAAGGUUUAUUUUACGUACUUCUCUGCGACGCUGCGCGAAAGUGAAACCAAGUGAACUUCAAACUAAAAACUGAACAAAGAGUCAAGCAACUAGCAAGCAAAAGCUAAAGUGAACUUAUAUAAUAAAGAGCAGCAAAUCCAUAUUUGCUGCCAAGUGAAAACCAAACUGUGCCUCAAACUCAAUAAACAAUAUCUGACCGAAAUGGUUACCGGCGUAACAGCAGCCAACAUGACCAACGUUUUGGGCACCGCCGUUGUGCCGGCCCAGCUCAAGGAGACGCCGAUCAAAAGUGACCGUCGGUCGAACAAACCGAUCAUGGAGAAACGCCGACGCGCCCGUAUUAACAACUGUCUCAAUGAACUCAAGACCCUUAUUCUGGAUGCCACCAAGAAAGACCCGGCUCGCCACUCCAAGUUAGAAAAAGCCGACAUUCUGGAGAAGACAGUUAAGCAUCUGCAGGAGCUGCAGCGCCAGCAGGCUGCCAUGCAACAGGCCGCUGAUCCUAAGAUUGUCAACAAAUUCAAGGCCGGUUUCGCCGAUUGCGUGAACGAGGUUAGCCGCUUCCCUGGCAUUGAGCCUGCCCAGCGUCGUCGUCUGUUGCAGCACUUGAGCAACUGCAUCAAUGGCGUUAAGACAGAACUGCACCAGCAACAGCGCCAGCAGCAACAGCAGUCCAUCCACGCCCAGAUGUUGCCCUCGCCACCCAGCUCGCCGGAACAGGACAGCCAGCAGACAGCAGCGGCGCCCUACCUUUUCGGCCAGAUCCAGCAGACGGCCAGUGGUUACUUCCUGCCCAAUGGAAUGCAAGUGAUCCCCACCAAGUUGCCAAAUGGCAGUAUUGCCCUGGUCUUGCCACAGAGUCUGCCACAGCAGCAACAGUUGUUGCAGCACCAGCAGCAGCAGCAACUUGCCGCCGCAGCAGCAGCAGCAGCAGCGGUAGCAGCCCAACAGCAACCCAUGUUGGUGACCAUGCCCCAGCGUACCGCCAGCACCGGAUCCGCCAGCUCGCACUCCUCCGCCGGAUACGAGUCGGCGCCCGGUAGCAGCAGCAGUUGCAGCUAUGCCCCGCCCAGUCCGGCCAACUCCAGCUAUGAGCCCAUGGACAUCAAGCCAUCGGUCAUCCAGCGUGUGGUGCCCAUGGAACAGCAGCCCCUGUCGCUGGUGAUGAAGAAACAGAUCAAGGAGGAGGAGCAGCCCUGGCGGCCCUGGUAGAGAGGGUGUCUUCAUAGAUAGUCGCCCCUCUAUCGAAUCUCCCGCUUUUAAGACUGACCCCCGAACUCAUCCAACAACUCACAUGCGCAGGCGUUGUGCGCAUGCGCGUAGACAUUUCACAUCAUUCGCCGGGAUAACGCAAAUGUUGCUUUGAAGUGCCGCAAACAUGCGAAUCCUUAAACGGUCCAACGGCUUCGUUGAAAUAAUUUCCUGACUUUGGUCUUAGAAAUCCAUCGACGAGGCUAAGGGCCUCCAUCAGACGCACACACACACACACACACGUUGUUAUAACUUAUUUAUUAUUAUUAUGUAAUCGAUUUGAGAACGGUAUUCUACCAGGACAUCGCCAAACUACCUCAGUCCAAGUACUUGGUGUUGAAUUGCCUCAUGUAUCAUGUAUUACUUCUUUGAAUAACAGCAAAUCAGCAAAAGUCUUCCAUACACUCACAAAACGCAAACACGCAAAAAAGAAAAAAUGAAAACACUUGAAAAGCUGAAAUACUUUUUAUGAAAAAGAUAAACGCAAGAACAUAACUCUUAUAUAUAAAUAUAUAUAUAUUAUAUAGGAUGUACAUCUCCAUUUAAAUAUAGAACUUUUUGUACCAUAGCCAGCUAAGCCGCUUAGGUUUUUCUCUCGCUCUUAAGUCUAAUCAAAGAAUAAUUAUAUAUUUAUAGAACACAAAAAACUAUUCGUAAGGCCACGUGAUAUAGUGAACAUAAUGAGCUUCUAAGAAAACAAAAACAAGAAUUUGAUGCAAACAAAAGCAAAAAAAAUCAACAACAAGAAAAGAAAAAAACAAACAAACAACAUACUAAAAAGAAAUAAAAUU